CAUGCGUACCACGGCUUCCAGAGCGCGGAGGAAAAAUCCGCGAGAAAACGUUGGAGAAGAUGGCGGUUUGUGGGCCGAGUUUGCAUUAUUUCUGACUAGCUUAGUCGAGUAACUAUCGGGUCAUGGCGUCAAACUCAACCAAGUCAUUCCUGGCAGAUGCCGGCUAUGGUGAACAGGAACUGGAUGCUAACUCUGCCCUUAUGGAAUUGGACAAAGGUCUAAGAUCUGGUAAACUUGGUGAACAGUGUGAAGCAGUUGUUCGUUUUCCCAGGCUUUUUCAGAAGUAUCCUUUUCCUAUUCUUAUCAAUUCUGCAUUCCUAAAGUUAGCUGAUGUUUUCAGAGUUGGGAACAAUUUCCUGAGGCUGUGUGUUCUUAAAGUUACACAGCAAAGUGAGAAGCAUUUGGAGAAGAUUCUAAAUGUGGAUGAAUUUGUGAAGAGAAUUUUCUCUGUGAUUCAUAGUAAUGAUCCUGUGGCAAGAGCCAUCACACUCCGGAUGUUGGGAAGUUUGGCGUCAAUAAUUCCCGAGAGGAAGAAUGCUCAUCACAGUAUUCGUCAGAGUUUGGACUCGCAUGAUAAUGUAGAAGUUGAAGCUGCUGUUUUUGCUGCUGCAAACUUUUCUGCACAGUCAAAGGAUUUUGCUGUAGGAAUCUGUAACAAAAUCAGUGAAAUGAUUCAAGGAUUAGCUACACCAGUAGAUUUGAAGCUGAAGUUGAUCCCUAUCCUACAGCACAUGCACCAUGACGCAAUCCUGGCUUCCAGUGCUCGUCAGCUUUUACAGCAGCUUGUCACAGCCUAUCCUUCGACCAAAAUGGUGAUUGUUUCUUUGCACACUUUCACUCUACUCGCAGCUUCAUCUUUGGUUGACACGCCCAAGCAGAUUCAGCUUCUGUUGCAGUAUUUGAAGAAUGACCCCAGAAAAGCAGUAAAGAGACUUGCCAUUCAGGAUCUGAAAUUACUUGCCAAUAAAACUCCACAUACUUGGAGUAAGGACAAUAUUCAGGCACUCUGUGAAUGUGCCCUCCAGACUCCUUAUGACAGCUUAAAACUGGGGAUGUUGUCUGUCCUUUCCACGCUUUCAGGGACCAUUGCGAUCAAACAUUACUUCAGUGUAGUUCCAGGAAAUGUGGGUUCUACCCCCAGGUCCUCAGAUUUAGUCAAAUUAGCCCAAGAGUGCUGUUACCAUAGUAACAGAGGCAUUGCUGCUCAUGGAGUGAGAGUCUUAACUAAUAUAACUGUCUCUUGUCAAGAAAAAGAUCUUUUAGCACUGGAACAGGAUGCUGUGUUUGGCCUGGAAUCCCUCCUGGUACUUUGUAGUCAAGAUGAUAGUCUAGGCGCUCAAGCUACUUUAAAGAUUGCUCUAAACUGUAUGGUGAAAUUGGCCAAGGGCAGACCUCAUCUUAGCCAGUCAGUGGUGGAGACCUUGUUGACUCAGUUGCACAGUGCUCAGGACGCUGCCCGGAUCUUGAUGUGCCACUGCCUGGCAGCCAUUGCCAUGCAGCUGCCAGUGCUGGGUGAUGGAAUGCUUGGUGACCUCAUGGAGCUCUACAAGGUGAUAGGACGAUCAGCCACUGACAAGCAACAAGAGCUUCUGGUGAGCUUGGCUACUGUGAUUUUUGUAGCCAGUCAGAAAGCCUUAUCUGCUGAAGUGAAGGCAAUAAUUAAACAGCAACUAGAAAGUGUUUCCAAUGGAUGGACUGUAUACCGAAUUGCCAGGCAGGCCUCCAGAAUGGGUAAUCAUGACAUGGCCAGAGAGCUUUAUCAGAGCCUGCUGACUCAGGUUGCCUCAGAACACUUCUACUUCUGGCUGAAUAGUUUGAAGGAGUUCUCACAUGCAGAACAGUGUCUCACUGGCUUGCAAGAGGAGAAUUAUAGUUCAGCACUUUCUUGCAUUGCUGAGUCGUUAAAAUUCUACCACAAAGGGAUUGCUUCCUUAACAGCUGCCAGUACACCACUGAAUCCCUUAAGUUUUCAGUGUGAAUUUGUAAAGCUCAGGAUUGACCUUCUACAAGCCUUUUCUCAACUUAUCUGUACUUGUAAUAGCCUAAAGACAAGCCCCCCACCUGCAAUUGCCACAACGAUUGCCAUGACCUUAGGAAAUGACCUUCAAAGGUGUGGUCGCAUCUCUAAUCAGAUGAAACAGUCCAUGGAAGAAUUUCGCAGCCUUGCCUCCCGAUAUGGGGAUCUUUAUCAAGCAUCUUUUGAUGCCGACUCAGCAACUUUGAGGAAUGUAGAACUACAGCAGCAGAGCUGUUUACUGAUAUCUCAUGCAAUAGAAGCCUUGAUUUUAGAUCCAGAAUCAGCAAGUUUCCAGGAAUAUGGAUCUACUGGAGCAGCCCACGCAGAUAGUGAAUAUGAGAGAAGAAUGAUGUCUGUAUAUCAUCAUGUCUUAGAGGAGGUAGAAUCACUCAAUCGGAAAUACACUCCUGUUUCUUACAUGCAUACAGCAUGCCUCUGCAACGCCAUCAUUGCUUUACUGAAAGUUCCCCUUUCAUUUCAAAGGUAUUUUUUCCAGAAACUACAGUCUACCAGCAUCAAGCUUGCUCUGUCACCUUCUCCCCGGAACCCUGCGGAGCCCAUCGCUGUGCAGAACAACCAGCAGCUGGCACUAAAGGUGGAGGGAGUGGUUCAGCAUGGAUCCAAACCAGGACUCUUUCGCAAAAUCCAGUCGGUCUGUCUGAAUGUUUCUUCUACCCUACAGAGUAAAUCCGGACAAGACUACAAGAUACCCAUUGACAAUAUGACUAAUGAGAUGGAGCAGAGGGUUGAGCCUCAUAAUGAUUACUUCAGCACUCAGUUUCUGUUGAACUUUGCCAUCCUCGGAACACACAACAUUACUGUGGAAUCGUCAGUGAAAGAUGCCAAUGGUAUUGUAUGGAAGACUGGUCCCAGAACUACCAUAUUUGUAAAAUCCCUGGAAGAUCCUUAUUCCCAGCAAAUUCGCCUACAGCAGCAGCAAGCCCAGCAACCAUUACAACAGCAGCAACAGCGAAAUGCCUACACAAGGUUUUAACCAUGGGUCAAAUUGGCAGAAAUGGUCUGCCUUUUCAUGUGGAUUAAGUAUCAAAGUUAUAAUGUGGUGUUCAUUUAUUCAUUGAUCUCUGCAAUGUAAUAUUCCAGAAAAUGGGGGGGGGGGCUUUUUUUUAGAAUUUAGUUAGAAAUAAUUAGGUUCCCAGGCAGAAAGACUUUGUUCUUAGUUCUUCCUAAACCAAGUCCUUUAUAUCAUAUUUAACAUUUUCACUGUUUUAUUAUUUUUUUUCUGUUGCUAAGCUUUUUCUUUCAAAACUAGUCACAUAUUUGGAUCAUUGAACUAGUAAAUUUGACUGCUUCUCUUGCA